AUGGAUGAAGAUGGCCGGGUGUUGUUCGCUCGUGUGCGGUACCUCGGGGUGGAGAUUCCCUUAUUGACUGUGUAUGCUCCUUCUGGCACGGCGCGUCGCAAGGAGAGGGAGGAGUUUUUCCAGGUGUUGCAGACGGGGUUCACGUUGCUUGAGGCAGGAUACGUAACGUCCAAGAACACUGCCAACAUUCUUUUCAAGAACUUACACAUUAUUGUCAUAAGUGCCAUAGCGUACUUGCUGGUAGGGUUCCAGCUGGCAUUUGGAAGAGGAAACAGCUUCUCUGGCAUGGGCGAUUGGACAUACGGGCUGGCGGACGAGCGCCUGGUCUUUUGGUUGUUCCAGUUCGCGUUCGCUGCCACAGCUGCCACCAUAGUCUCCGGGUCGAUGGCUGAGCGGUGUGCCUUCAACGCCUACCUCAUCUGCUCCGUCAUGCUGUCUGGUGUGGUGUACCCUGUGGUGUCACACUGGACCUGGUCAGAUAUUGGCUGGCUCAAGACUCAACACUACCAGGACUUCGGUGGCUCCGGCGUCGUCCACCUCACAGGGGGCGUGGCAGCUCUUGUCGGGGCUGUAAUUCUUGGGCCCAGAAUCGGUCGCUUCGGACCCAAGGGCAAGGAGAUACGUGGACACACUGUGCCGCUGGCAGCUCAGGGAUUCUUAAUCCUGCUCUUCGGGUUCCUGGCCUUCAACGGAGGGUUCCAAGCGUCCAUCAGCCACGAGGUUGAUGCUGUAGCCAUUGCCAAGGUUGUCUUCAACGCUGCGAUAUCGGCCUCUUCAGGAGGCAUCGCUGUGCUCUUGAUGAAUCAUUCUAGGAGGGAGUCCCUCUGGUCCUUCCUAAUGGCCCUUAAUGGUUCUCUCGCUGGCAUGGUGUCAAUCAGUGUCGGGUGCAACGUUGUCCAGCCGUGGAGUGCCUGUGUCAUUGGUACAGUGGGUGGAUCAGUGUUCCUCGCCAUCCAUACCCUUCUGCCCAAGUUGAAGGUUGACGACCCACUUGAUGCUGUGGCUGUGCACAUGGGAUCUCCCACCUCCAGCAGCAGC